CUCCCACGGCGGCUUCGGUAGUGCGAGACCGCAAACCAUCGCCAUUUCCAAGCUCCCGCUUCCAAAAUGGCAGCCGGAAGGAAGUUUGAGAUUAGGGGGAGGUCCGCUACGGCGCGAGGUUCUGAGAAAUUGACGUGAGGACGUUGGUGCAAGUUCCGGUCCGCUUGCAAGAUGGCUGCGCCCAGUGGUGGAUUCCAGCCUCGUGAACGACGCGGUGGAGAGCAGGAACAGGGCUGGGAUGUUGUGGCGCCCAAGAGGCCCCGACUCGGGGCAGGAAGCAAGAUUGGAGGCCGUAGGCUCAUUGUGGUGCUGGAAGGGGCCAGUCUGGAGACAGUCAAGGUAGGGAAGACAUAUGAGCUACUCAACUGUGAUAAGCACAAGUCUAUGUUGUUGAAGAAUGGACGGGACCCUGGGGAAGUAAGACCAGACAUAGCCCACCAGAGUUUACUCAUGCUGAUGGACAGUCCCCUGAACCGAGCUGGCUUGCUACAAGUUUACAUCCACACCCAGAAGAAUGUGCUGAUUGAAGUGAACCCCCAAACUCGAAUUCCCAGAACCUUUGACCGCUUCUGUGGCCUCAUGGUUCAGCUUUUACACAAACUCAGCGUUCGAGCAGCUGAUGGCCCCCAGAAGCUGUUGAAGGUAAUUAAGAAUCCAGUGUCAGAUCACUUCCCAGUUGGAUGUAUGAAAAUUGGCACUUCUUUUUCCACCCAAGUCGUUAGUGAUGUACGAGAGUUGGUGCCCAGCAGUGACCCUAUUGUUUUUGUGGUGGGAGCCUUUGCCCAUGGCAAGGUGAAUGUGGAGUAUACAGAGAAGGUGGUGUCCAUCAGCAACUAUCCCCUUUCUGCUGCCCUCACCUGUGCAAAACUGACCACAGCCUUUGAAGAAGUAUGGGGGGUCAUCUGACAGUAGAAGACCCUUGUUCCAAAACACAAAGACUGUUUACAUCCCUUGACUCUGUUCUGAGCUGACUGCUGAAUGACUUCUGCACUGAGACUGUGGAGUUGUGGGAAGCCAGGGCUGUAUUUGCUAUUAGCUUUAUCCUAUAAACAUAAUUCUU